AUGAGUGUCAUUGAAGACCUGACGGCUACGAGUUCGAUUCCAGCAGGAGAAGCAACUGAAUUACAAAAGUCAGUUACUGAGGAAUCCAUUGCCGCGGUUGAUGAGUCCAGCAAUGGUGAAUCCUCCAAAACAGAUCUUGACAUCUCCGAGGACGAUGAAGCCGGAGACGAGAGACCCAACGGAGUAGCAAUAGAAGAAAAGGGACAAUCGAAAAUGCCAGAAGAGUACAGGCCUGCAACAAGGACAAUCUACGUUGGAAACUUGAAUUUCAGAGUCGAGCCUCGCCACGUCGAAGACCUUUUUAGCUUCGCUGGACCUAUUACAAAAGUCAAGCUAGUUUCUCAACCCGUGACGAGGCGGCCUUGCGGAUAUGGCUUCGUCACGUUUGAAAAUGAGGAGAGCGUUGAAAGAGCCAUCGAGAAGCUUGAUAAGGCGGAAUUCUGGCUGAGGCCUCUUCUGGUGAAGAAGAAGGAGGUCGUCAGGCCAGAUCAGGAGCCAUCUGAUUCCGCUAGAGGAAGUGAUUCUGACUCAAACAGGGGCUCUUUCAGAGGAAGAGGAAAAGGCAGAGGCAGAGGUGGAGGUAGAGGCCGGGGUAGAGGAUUUAGAGGAGGUUUCAGAGGAGGCCGUGGCGGCAGAGGAAGCUCCGCACCCACUGAAACCACGCCAAAAACCGAAGAACAAUCAGCAUCAAUCGCUUAG